CCACAGCCCUCACUUUGUUUUGUGUGCUGAUUUCUUCUUCUGCUUUCCCCCACUGAGUCAAUGAAGAGGUGUUCUGUUAAAUGGGAUUGCCCAGGUAUUCGGGACACUCUGAAGCUGUGGCCUGCUCAAGUUCCAGUCUUCUUCAAAAUGUUCUUGACUUGCACACAGACAGCUCAUUAAUAAAUGACUCGUGGAACUUGGAUUUUUCAACAGCCAAGAUGGAAUUUGAACUCUCACGAUCUCAACUGUGAAGUGAAAUAACAGUAGCCCGGCUGCCCAGAGUUGCAGUGGCCAUGGAAGCAGGAAAUGGGGACCCCCGCAAGUCCCAGGAAUCAACGUACCUAUCGAACCCACUGAUGGGAGAUUUUGUUUCCGACUGGUCUCCUUUACAUGAUGCUUCCAUCCAUGGGUGUUUGCUCACUCUGAAGAAACUCAUCAAUCAGGGGACCAGUGUGAACCUUCUGACAGCUGAUCAUGUAUCUCCUCUUCAUGAAGCGUGUUUAGGGGGACAUUCUGCUUGUACCAGUGUCUUAUUAAAACAUGGGGCCCAUGUAAACGGAGCUACUGUUGACUGGAACACACCUUUAUUCAAUGCUUGUGCCAGUGGCAGCACAGAGUGCUUGAACCUAUUACUACAGCAUGGAGCCAGCCCACAUGCAGUGUGUGAUUUGGCAUCACCUAUCCAUGAAGCUGCUAAGAGAGGCCAUAUCAAAUGUGUGGAGUCCCUUGUGUCCCACGGAGUCAAUAUAGACCACAACAUCAAGCACCUGGGUACCCCACUGUAUGUUGCAUGUGAGCACCAGCAAGUGGACUGUGCCAAAAAAUUACUUGAGUCAGGAGCAAGUGCAAAUGAUGGGAAAGGUCUGGAAUCCCCGCUUCACGUGGCUGUUCAGAAUGCCAGUGCUGAGCUGGUGCAUUUGCUCAUUGACUUUGGAGCUGACACGAGUGCUUUGAAUGCUGAAGGCAAAAAGCCAACAGAGCUGGUUCCACCAAACAGUACAUUAACACAGAUAUUUCAGCAGAGAGAAGGGCCCUUGUCCUUGAUGCAGUUGUGCCGCUUGUGCAUAAGGAGGUGCUUGGGAUCCAGACAGCAAGAUGGAAUAAGUCAGCUUCUGCUACCAGAUGAGCUGAAGCGCUUUCUCUUGUAUCUUUAAACCUUUCAUAUU